CAAGGCAAAACUGGCGCUUGGUUUGUUCCGUGAAUAUCUUUACGCUCGCGCUUGCACGAUCUUUGCUGCGGCCUUUGUGCAAACUGGUACAAAUUUUCCUCGAUAAAAGUUACAUCAUUUAUAGCAAACAUCGUUGAACACUCCCCAAGCGAGUCCAACAUCGACGUAAAAGAUGGUUUCAUUAACAAUUGUUAUCAUACCUGUUCGAUAUCAGUAUCGAACCUACUUAUCAAUUGGAACUUCUGUGGCACGUUAGGUCUGGUAAAGUUCCCCGUCCAUAUGCACUCCACUGGGCACAGCAGCGAGAAUGCUUAGUAGCAACCGUGCUGUGAAAAAGAAGAAAAAAAAAACAUCUUAAUUGCACAUACACAGGCCGCGUGUGGAUGAGCCCGCUGGACACUGUCGGUUGAAGUAUUUUUUUUGCACCCUCUUGGUAAUUUGCUAAUGAUCACCGAACGUGACUAGCGUUGAACGGGCCAACCGUGCAAAGGUGCAAUGGUAAUAAUUCCGAAGCUCGAUACCCUGGAUAGAUUCCCCGUUAAUCGCUAUCGCAUCGCGGUUGAGCGUAAAAGAAAACUCAAACAAAACAAACAGAAAAAAACACCGAAAAGACUAAAAACAAACUAUUAACGGUUAGUGAUUAAAUCGCAACGCGAACGCUUUCGUAACCACUUCGUAACACACCUUGCGAUCAGUUCGUUCGGAAGUGAGUGUUGCUGGCGAACGGGGAUCGCGAUGACGUUAGCUUUCAUGUGUCCUGGCCGAGCUGGCUGGUCAUUGAGAACUUCGAGGCUCACCAACGUGAACCCACCAACCCGCCAACCCCUCCUAUCCGUAGUGCUACCCUCAAACAACACGCAAACACAACCCUCAAUGACGCGGUGAUAAGAUAAACGGGGUGCGCUGAUAAACGACGAUCUUGUGCUGUACGGUGCUACUAAAGCUCGUUCUACCUAUUCUCAUUUAUGCCAGUGGCUUGUGUUUCAGGUGCAAUCGUACUGUAAAGGUGACCGCGGUUAGGGGUCGACUAGGUGACGAGCCGGUACUGUGUGCUUCAUACUCGUGCUUGUCUUUCGUCAGUGUCCAAAACACGACCAGCAAACAACGAAUAUAGCUCCCAAAAGGAAGUGAAAAAUUUGGACACUCCACAAACAAAAAAAAACGUUAUGCGCAUGACAUCAUCCGUAUCCGCACAGUGUCAGUGAGUUCGAACGUGCGUCUUCCAGAAUGACCAAUCUUGCCCGGCAUCAACCACAGCAGGGUAACGGGUUUGGAUCCGGUAGCUCCAUCCACGACUAUCCAGAGCAUCUGAAUCCAUUCUACGAGGAUGAAAAUCACAAACGAUUACGCUUCUUGGAACGUAAAUCCCAUCGGCGCGGUAGCCUGUCCAGUUUGCGCGAUGGCAUCCGCGAGUGGUGGCAAUAUUCAUCAAUUCGUUUCGGAAAGAAACGUUCUUCGACGCUAGGGAUUAAUAAAACUUCUGAAAGCCCUCCACCAUUGAGAAGGGAUACGUUCGACGAUGACUCCUUCGCCGGUACCAGUGGGUAUCGCAACACUGUGAAUGCCUCAGGUUAUGGAACGGCACGCGAAAGCCAAUCCUACACCACGACACCUCUGUUCGUACGGCACACGCGUUACCGCAGCUCUUUACAAGACCAUCCAAAGGACAGCAACAACGAUGAAAUUGGAUUUAUGAGGAACGAUCGCUACCGCAGUACAAUUCAAAAUGGGUUCGCUACGUACAACACCGGGAUGGUUACGUCUACACCGAGAAAAAAGCAAGCUCCACCCAAACCGUACGGCACAACACCACGUGUGCCGCGACAGGAGUACAACAAUGUCAAUCCUUUCGAUGUGGAUUUGGAACCGGAAGGGGACACUUUGUCUACGGUAAGCGUGGACAGUAGUUACAGUAGCACCCUACGAUCACGCACAUCUGGAACAAGAACUCGUACCAAACGACGAGCACCUCCACCUCCACCGGUGGCUGUCGCACCUGCAAACCGUAUCGUUUCUACGCCUGAGGAACCAUCUGUAGAAGAUGUCCAAAACGAAGAUCUACGCAAUCUUACUGCCGAAAUUGAAAGCUUCGUGCGUAUUUCAUCAGUAAACGGGGAUGCUUCUGCUAAGGAUACAUCUGCUGUGCGACCAGAUACAAAUGUAGAAACGACAGUGCAACACUCGCAUGAUGUCAAUAAUAACAACGCCCAAGCUGAGAUUCCUACAACAGUUUCAACAAUAGAGCGUGAAAUUGUGGCAGAAACCCGUAAUACAGGGACUAUCACCAAGGAAUCAGUGGAGGUUCAGAAGCUAACGAACAUAGAACAGGCAACUAUACCGAAAGAAAGCAAUAAUGUAGUGGUUGAAAAAACGAAACCUACAGUAGUACAUUCGGAUACAAUGAUUACCGUAGAUACUACAAUCGUAACUGUUCCUAUCGAAACAAGUCCGACACCUUCACCGAGGAAAAAGGUUGAAAAAACGCAACCGGAGGUACGCCAGGAACCUGUUUCUUCCAAAGCUGAUGUCGAUUUCGAAAAUUUGGCUCUACCAGAAACUCCAGUUCCGACACGAAGAUCAAAUCGUGAAAAUCGUGAGAAGUACAUUACUCAAGAUGUUAGCACUAUAAGCAAGUUGACCAACGAAAAGCCAACAGUACCGAAACCGCUUCCAACAGCUACUUCGGAGGCAGAUGAUGAGGGACCAACAACAACGAUUAUUGUGGAUAAUUUGCAGUACAAGCACAAGGUUGCUCCAAUCCAUACUGAAAUUAGCAGCAAAAUUGAAACCGCACGUAUGAAAAUCAGUGAAUCGACCGGCAACAUAACGACGAUUGCGAAUGAAAACAAUACCAACGAAAGGCGUCGUUCGGUUCGAGAUAUUAUAGAGUCAAUCAAUAAGAGUCAGAGUAUGCUCAAGGUGAACCACGAACAGUCUAGCAAUAGUCUCCAUGAGACACAAUCGACCGACAGCAUGGUGCGGAAUAUACGUGAGCUUAACGAACGCGAAAAGGAGAUCCAGAACCUGUUGCAGGAUAUUGAUGCACGCUACGGUCCAAGUAAUGUUUCAUCCGGUGACGCAACCGCUACAACCAGCGAACAUGUAAUGCCGGGUGUCCGCGGAUCGUACUAUGAUAACCUAACCGAUGACAAUAUAAACGACAAUCUGGACGAAAAAAACAACAUGUACGCCGCGUCGGGCUUUAGGAUUAAGAAAAGUCCUACCAAAACGGUAAUCAUUGCGGAAGGUGAUGAUCCACAGUUUCAGGAUUGCAUCAAUUGGAAUCCACUACCAAAACCUAGACGUAGCCAUAUUUUGGUGGAAAACGGAGCAGAUACUGAGCAAUCCGUAACGGUUCCUAAUGCACCUUCCUAGUGUGCCUAGCUAUUUAUUAUCCGUUUUACCGAUGCUUUACUUUAGUGAGGAGAACGCCUGAUCGUACCUCAGUGCUUUGCUGAUUGUACUUUAGUGACGAAAGUAGAAUAAAAUUCAUGUUGCUUCAUUAUUUAUAAAUUAUAUAAAAA